GUACCCAAUCUCAUGUUAUCCGUUGCUAUGUAUACACGAAAAUCUCUACGACAUAUGUGGCGCAACUGUUCGCAACGAAACGGAUUCACGAUCGCUACACCAUUAAAGAUACCCGUCAACUGGAGCCGGGUACUACGCCUUCAAGGAUCGGCACGCAUUAAUGCGGAGGAAGUAUUGCAGGCAGCAGAAGCUGGUAAUCUUGAGGAAUUUAUACGGCUUUAUGAAGGAGACAAUAAUCGACUCUCGGUGAAGGAUAGCAAGGGCCGGACGGCUGCCCAUCAGGCAGCGGCACGGAACCGUGUUAACAUCCUUACCUUCAUUCACGGCCAAGGAGGAAACUUGAAUGCACAGGACAUGGUAGGAAACACGCCACUCCAUACAGCGGUGGAGAAUGAUUCGUUGGAUGCGUUGGAGUUUCUUUUGAAAAUUCCAGUCGCAACGAACAUUCUGAAUGAAAAGAAGCUGGCUCCUGUGCAUUUGGCAACUGAGCAAAACAAAGUAAAUGCACUGCAGGUUAUGGGCAAGUACCGGGAGGUGAUUGACAUACAGCAGGGCGGAGAGCAUGGCAGAACAGCCCUCCACUUGGCUGCCAUCUAUGACAACGAAGAGUGUGCUCGAAUAUUGAUUUCAGAAUUUGGAGCCUGUCCAAGGAAACCCUGCAACAACGGCUACUACCCAAUACACGAGGCAGCCAAAAACGCCAGCUCCAAAACGAUGGAGGUCUUUUUCCAGUGGGGAGAAUCGAAGGGAUGCACCAGGGAGGAGAUGAUUUCCUUCUACGACUCCGAGGGUAACGUGCCACUACACUCGGCCGUACACGGUGGUGACAUAAAGGCGGUAGAGUUGUGUCUUAAAUCUGGGGCAAAGAUAUCCACCCAACAGCAUGACCUCUCAACGCCGGUCCAUCUGGCGGCCGCUCAGGGAGCGAUUGAGAUAGUGAAGCUGAUGUUCCGCAUGCAGCCACUCGAGAAGCGCAUCAGCCUGAACUGCACCGACAUCCAGAAGAUGACACCGUUGCACUGUGCCGCCAUGUUUGACCAUCCGGAGAUUGUCGAGUACCUGGUAAAGGAGGGCGCCGACAUUAACGCGAUGGACAAGGAGAAACGUUCACCGCUGUUGCUGUCCUCUUCGCGCGGUGGUUGGCGCACGGUAAUGACCUUGAUCAGACUCGGUGCAAACAUUAGCCUGAAGGACGCCAAUUCGCGUAACGUGCUGCACCUGGUCAUCAUGAAUGGGGGGUGUUUGGACGAGUUUGCAAAGGAGGUGUGCCACACACAGUCCGAAAUCUACCUGUUGCAGCUGCUGAACGAAAAGGACGACGCCGGUUGCUCGCCACUGCAUUACGCCAGCCGUGAAGGCCACAUACGCUCGCUCGAGAACCUGAUCCGGCUCGGGGCGUGUAUUAAUCUCAAGAAUAAUAACAACGAAAGCCCACUGCACUUUGCGGCACGCUACGGACGGUACAACACCGUCCGUCAGCUACUCGACUCCGAAAAGGGAACGUUCAUCAUCAACGAAAGUGACGGCGAAGGACUCACGCCAUUGCACAUUGCUUCACAGCAGGGUCAUACGCGGGUCGUGCAAAUGCUGCUGAACCGGGGUGCGUUGCUGCACCGGGAUCAUAACGGGCGCAAUCCGCUGCAUCUGGCCGCAAUGUCUGGGUACACGCAAACGAUCGAGCUACUGCAUUCCGUCCAUUCGCAUCUACUGGAUCAGGUUGACAAAGAUGGGAACACGGCGUUACAUUUGGCUACGAUGGAAAACAAGCCCAACGCAGUGGUGCUACUGCUCAGUCUCGGUUGUAAACUGCUGCACAACUACAUGGACAUGAGCGCCAUCGACUACGCGAUCUAUUACAAGUAUCCCGAGGCAGCACUGGCCAUGGCAACGCAUGAGGAGCGCUCCAGCGAGGUGAUGGCACUGAAAUCGGACAAACAUCCGUGCGUAACGCUGGCCCUGAUCGCCUCGAUGCCGCGUGUCUUCGAAGCCGUACAGGACAAUUGCAUCACCAAGGCUAACUGCAAAAAGGACUCGAAAAGCUUCUACAUUCGGUACUCAUUUAGCUGUCUGCAGUGUCCGGCACUGUACGCACAAAUGGACGCUCGAACCGGAGAGGCGGUCCAGAUAUCGAAACCGAUACCGCUGCCGGCACUGAACGCCAUGGUAGCGCACGGACGGGUGGAGCUGUUGGCACAUCCACUCAGCCAAAAGUACUUGCAAAUGAAGUGGAACUCCUAUGGCAAAUAUUUCCACCUGGCCAACUUGCUGUUCUACAGCGUGUUUCUGUUUUUCGUGACACUUUUCACAUCCCAGUUGAUGCGGAAUGCAACCCCCAUCGUACAUCCGGCCGAAAACCACACGCAAGAGAGCGGAACGCCGGACGGUACAUCGUACGGUGGACAGCACAUACUCGCUCUACGCUCAACGCUGGCCCGUGCAAAGGGAUACAAUUAUGCUACGAUGCCAAACGUGACCAGCUCCGUCGCUCCACCACCGAUCGUGGAACAGAUGGAAGUCACCACCACGACGCUCGUGUCCGGGAUCGGUAUUAUCAUCUACAUUGUCGUGAAUGCGUUGCGAGAGUUGCUACAGGUUUAUCAGCAAAAGUGGCAUUACCUGCUCGAGCCGAACAACUUCAUCUCGUGGAUACUCUACACGUCCGCGCUGAUUAUGAUUUGGCCCAUGUUUUCCAGCGGUAUGUGCUUCAGCAUCAACUAUUCGGCGGCUUCGAUAACUGUGUUUUUGUCAUGGUUUAAUCUCCUGCUGUUUCUGCAACGGUUCGAUCAGAUUGGUAUAUAUGUGGUCAUGUUUUUGGAAAUCCUGCAAACCCUCAUCAAAGUGUUGAUCGUGUUUAGCAUUCUUAUAAUCGCAUUCGGAUUAGCCUUCUACAUUCUGCUCUCAAAGGUCUCUGAGCCUCAAGUGAACCAUUUGUCGUUCUCGUCCAUUCCAAUGUCUCUGGUGCGCACCUUCUCGAUGAUGUUGGGUGAGAUGGAUUUCGUCGGCACCUACGUUCAACCGUACCAUGUGGGAGAUCUUCCAUUUCCGUUUCCAUCGUUCGUCAUACUUUGCUUGUUCAUGAUUCUGAUGCCCAUUUUGCUGAUGAAUCUACUGAUCGGUUUGGCCGUCGGUGACAUCGAAUCGGUGCGUCGAAAUGCACAGCUUAAGCGACUUGCAAUGCAGGUUGUACUGCAUACGGAGCUGGAGCGCAAACUGCCCCAAAUGUGGCUCGAAAUGGUAGACAAAAUGGAGCUGAUCGAAUAUCCGAACGAAAAGAAGUGCAAACUCGGAUUUCUCGACUCCGUCCUGCGUAAGUGGUUCUGCAAUCCUUUUACCGAUGAUUACAAAGGUGGUAUUGACUACGUACUGGAAAACACGGAAGACUAUGUGGCGGUUGAGUUGGAGAAACAGAAGCGAAAGCUUCGGGACAUUGGAAUGGCACUCGAUACACAGCAUCAAUUACUACGACUGAUCGUACAGAAAAUGGAAAUUAAAACAGAGGCAGACGAUGUGGACGAGGGCGUUCCCACAAGUGAUCUCAAAGCAUCGAGCGGGAUGUUGACAAGCAACCGGUCUUCUCGCUGGUCAUCCCCACGGAUACGCAAAAAGCUCGGUGCCACCUUAAGCUUCAACAAGUCUAUUAGCAAAUGAAUGCAAUUUUAAU